AUGUACGCUCAGCAGCACUGGGCUGCGAGUGGCGUGACGCUGUUGGCUGCGCUUGCCAUGCUGUGCACGAUAGUUGCUGGCGUGUUGUGGCCGAGCUGUGCGUCGCUGAUUGGCGGCGGAGUGAUGGUAGUUGCAGGAGCAUGGGUGGGCGUGCUGGCACGCGGCGCGCGAUACCUGCUAGGCACGGCGACGCGGACGACAUCCAAGUACCGGGCGCUGGACGCAGUGUUGUUUGGAUGCGUCGCGGUGGUGAUGGCGUGCAGCGGGCUUGAGAUCGGCGAGUUUGGGAUGGAUGUCGUUGACGGACUGUUGGGCUUUUCGACCCAUGAUGGCUACAGGUUCAGCUUUUGGCUGGCUGUCAUUGGAGCUGGCGCGGUGUUUGUGACGGUCUCGCGGCAGAUGCGGGCAGUGGCGAGCUUGACAACGCGGUGGCAGUCGCCGUCUGCUUCUGGCGCGGUGCGACGGUCGCUGUCAGGACUUGCGGCGCUUGGAACAUCGCAGACGGUGUGGCUCUGGCUCCUAGCUCACAUCUGCUUUGCGCUCCGCAGCGAUGCGAUCGACAACACGUGGCAGAUCCGCGAGCGAGUGGCCGGCGGGCUGAUUGUGGGCGCACCGCUGGCAUGGGCAUGGGCAGGCAUUGCGGUCCGCAACGAGCCGCUUGGCGCGAUGGCGCGACUGACGUCGAUCCUCCGCUGGACUCUUUACGUUGUGCUUGUGUGUGGAUGGGCGCAGCUUGCCGGUCGGUCGGAGAGAAGCCGCCGGCUCGGGCUCGGCAUCGUGGCCGCGGUUGUAGGGAUGCUCGAUGUUGGGGUGGUCACUCUCGCGCCGCGUGUAGGUGGCGCUGAAGCUGUGAUAGGACUUGCUGCUGGCGUUGCUGUGGCGGUGGUGGGCGGAGUCGGUAUUGUCGCAGCUGUUGUAUGGGCGUAA